CUAGUAUUCUAUGUACACUCUCACAAAGAAACUUUCACUAUAUUAUAUUACUUAUUCACUAACUUUUCUCAUUCUUCAAUCAUCUUCUUUAUCAUUGUCAUCAUCAAAUAUUAUCAUCAUCUUAUUCAAGAUUACUGUCUCUUCUUCUAUUUAACAUCUUCUAUCUGUUUAUCUAUUAUAUUAUACAUGUUUCUGACAAUGAUCUCUUGUUCUCAUAACAAGCAUCAUUAUAGUGCUCAUAUCAGACAGUUUAUUAGCAAAUCUUCAUAUAUUGACAGAUUCACAUCUGUCAAUGAUAGUGAACUUAAUAUUGAAUCAUUGAUUAAGAACUUGAAGAAUGUAAUAAUGAAGAAAUUAUCUGUAUUAUAUGUAACUGAAUCAAAUGAAACCAAACGUGAAAUUCAUGGUCCUGGCGGCCAGUAUACUCUCUCUCAAUCUUCUACACUUGUCUCUGUGUCUGAUUCUCCUGCUUCUGCUAUCUCUGUUUUUAUAACUCUCACUCCCGCUACUUCUGCUUCUGCUGCUGCCUUUGUUACUAGCUCUUCUCAUUUCAAGAAGAUGUUGUAUAGACUUA